UUGGUAUCGAAAAGCAGCAAGAAGAGUUAGCAGCGAAUGUCAUUACUCAGACCAGAUUGAGCCAUUAAGUGGAUCAGUUAUGAUGGCAACAGGAGGUCUUCUGCAUAUAACAGCCAGGACCAAUGAUUCUUUCCAAUCUCGUGAGCAGGCAAAUAAACACACAAGGAAAAUGCACAAAAAAAGGAAGAAUAAUGUGGUAAUGGUGAAAGCCAAACUGAAGUUAUGCUCCAUUUCAGGUUUAGUUACUGUCUUUGGUAUCCUGGUGAUGUUGGGGGGAGUUGCAAUGGUACUGAUAGGCUACUGGCCCAUAGCCUCCAAGAUUCCCGAAACAAUUGCAGUGUCUUGCAACAUCACCAGUAACUGCACAACAGCUGACACUUCAUCUUUGGAAAUUUCUGAAUUUGUAGCCAGCUAUCUACGUUCUGAUAAACUGAAAAUCUUAGGACCACUGGUUUUGGGAAUUGGCAUAUUUUUGUUUAUCUGUGCUAAUGCGGCUCUUCAUGAAAACAGAGACAAGAAAACUAAGGUGAUUAAUGUGCAAGAUAUUUACUCCACUGUAGUAGAUGUGCAUAAAAAGAAAAAAGAAUAUGUCCCUUUUCAAGGAUUUGUGAAUUAUGUGCAAUGCAAAAGCAUUGAUAGUCUCAAGUUCUCAGCUCCUUAUGAUGCAGCAAAUUUGGCAAAAAGUUCCUGUCAGACACCAACUGCAGAUGGCAUUAAAAAAAGCUUGAUUCAAUGA